UCACUAUAUAACCAUGAUAACGAAUUUCAUUAGUGACUAUAAUCUUUUCAGUGAAAGUAUUUUACACAAUUAUAAACCUUGUUUUGACUUUAUGCUCAAUUCAGCGUUCAAUAUUUACCGUCAUAUUUGAUAUGUUUUGCUGAUUAAGGUAAAAGGUCAUGUUACUAUGACGUAUAGGCAGAUGGGAGAAAACCAGAACUGUUCCAAUUAGUAACGUUACAUGUGGUGAAAAUUGGUUAAUAAGUGCCAGCAAUAAUUGUCAACGCUCCUGGAAUCUCUGCAGUGUUGAAUACCGGAAAUUAAUCAAUAUUGCACUUCAAAAAUGAAGAGUAUUCUUAAGGAUUCCCUGGUAGUUUUGAUUGUUGUGUUCAUGUCGCAGAUUCGCGAACUGUUUACAAUAAAUGUUCUAAAAGACGAUAGCACGUGUUACUGCUUACACGAAGAAAUAUCCUCGCUCAGAAAUCCCGUGCAUAUAGAACCUGUGGUUUUCAGUGGGAAAAGAAUAUAUUUUCUGGCAGAACAAAUAGGGAUGAUUUACGAAUACCACCCGGAAGUUACUAAGAAUAAAUUAAGAACUUAUUUAGAUAUAACAGAAUUAGUGGUGUGUAAACACGAGUUAUACGAGGAACGAGGGUUGCUGGGUCUAGCAUUACAUCCUAAGUUCGAAGUGAAUGAGAAAAUAUAUACAUAUUCAAUACGAUCAAUUAAUAACAAAGACUACGUGGUAAUUAGUGAAAUAACAAAGAAAGACGUGUCCAAAGAGAGACUUCUGAUUUUGAUAGAACAACCUGGGGACAGACGAAAUGGAGGACAGCUAUUGUUUGGAGACGACGGAUACCUUUAUAUAUUCGUCGGCGACGGCGGGCCUAGUGACGACAAGAAUAUCCGAGCUCAAGACGGUGUCAGUUUUCUAGGAAAGGUCUUACGUAUAGAUGUUGAUAAAACGACUGUUUAUGAUAACCACUUCCGGUAUUACGAUAUCCCAAAAGACAAUCCGAAUGAAACCGAUUGGAAACCGGAAGUUUAUGCAAUGGGAGCAAGAAAUAUGUGGAGAUGUAGUAAAGACAGAGGAGACAAGCAAGGACAAGGCAAAGGGAGAAUAUUUUGUGGCGAUCUCGGUUCUUCACUAGCAGACGAACUUGUCGAGUUGAAGAAGGGCGGUAACUACGGUUGGCCGUAUAUGGAGGGAAAUAUAUGCAGGGACGAGGACAUGUGCAAAACACUGGUGGGUAAAACAGUUCACCCUAUACACGAGAUUCGCCAAGGUGACAACACGUCAAAAGUUGUAGCAGUUGUAAGCGGCCCUCUGUAUAGAGGCACAACAUUCCCGGAAAUUUACGGACAACUUCUUUACGGGGAUUACUCAACCGGUGCAACAUUCACGUUGAAAGAACCUUCUAAAAACGCCAUUCCACAAACUUGGGCGUCCAGUGAUUUUAAACGCUGUGAUAAAAGCAUGUGCGCGUGCAAUGCACGUGCCUCUCAGAGAACAAUGCUGUUGUCGUUUGGUGAGACGCAUGAAGGCGAGGUACUAUUACUAAUGACAGAUGAGCCCUCCCCCCAUAAACCUGCUGGAGCUGUACUCAGGCUUAAACCUCGACAGUCCAAACCAUUGACGUGUGGGGUAGGUUCGACUCUUGCGGAACUCUGGAUACACUAUUUAUCAUGCAUACUCGUUCUUAUCUAUUAUAUCAUUUAAUUUAUUUGAAAAAAAAAGUUAUAUUUUUGAUACACAAUAAAAAAGUAGAUAGAUAUA